AUGCCGACGCUAGUGAAUACCCGCGCCGUCGUGACAUCUGAGCACGUGUCCACGUCUACGCCGCGCGCGCGUGGCGCCGCAUCACGCGUUACUGUCGCACACGCGUCGUCGUUCAGCCGCAACGUGUGUGCAUCUUCUCUCGCCUUGCUCGUGAAUUUCACCCAAGCAAACGUAGCGUUCGCGGCACCAGCUGCGCCGUCAUAUAGCGGUGUGGACCCGAGCAAGAGCUCCUUCAUCCAAGGAUUGGUCGAUAAGAGCGAGAAGGACAAGGCGAAGAACGAUCAAGCGCGACUCGAUAACUUUUACAGACGAGAGUAUCGGAUAAACCGAAUCGUCGGUGGCGAAGUUCUGAAGGAGCCGUGCGAUCCCCGGGAUCCAGAAUUUGGUUAUGAGUGUAGGCCAAUGCUCCCACGAUUGCCGCAGGAUCGAGGUGGGUUCGAUGAGCCCUUAGAGAGAGAGAAGACUGGAUACGGGAAAGUACUCGGGACGCGAGAUGUCGACAGAGCCGCAGACGCUCUCGUCGCUGCGGCGGUGGACGAGACGCUCGAACGAGCGAUCGAGACUAUCGAUGGCGAAUCAGACGCGAAUGGUGACGCGGUAGCCCGCUUUGACUCGGAUACUGAAUUCUCGCCGAGCGUUCAGGGCUUGUCCGAAUAG